AUGGAUAUCCAACGUUUUCUGAAGUUUUAUAAGGUCGGAUGGAAGACUUAUCGGGAUCCACUGAUGGAGGCUAGCCAUUCCUCAAUUUACUAUUGGCGGGAGCAGAUGAAAGCAAUGGCCUUAUUUACAACCACAGAAGAACGUCUGCUGCCCUACCGAUCUAAAUGGCACACCUUGGUAUAUAUUCAAAUGGUUAUAUUUUUUGCUUCAAUGAGCUUUGGCUUAACGGAAUCGAUGGGAGACCAUGUUCAAAUGGGACGGGACUUAGCCUUCAUCCUUGGGGCUUUUUUUAUUAUAUUCAAGACAUAUUAUUUCUGCUGGUAUGGCGAUGAACUUGACCAAGUGAUCAGCGAUCUGGACGCUCUACAUCCUUGGGCACAGAAAGGUCCUAAUCCAGUUGAAUAUCAGACUGGUAAACGUUGGUACUUCGUAAUGGCUUUUUUCUUGGCAACGUCAUGGUCGUUCUUCUUGUGCAUUUUGCUAUUGUUACUUAUAACCUCACCCAUGUGGGUCCAUCAGCAAAACCUUCCCUUUCAUGCGGCGUUUCCUUUUCAAUGGCACGAAAAAUCGCUUCAUCCCAUCAGCCACGCUAUAAUCUAUCUGUUUCAGAGCUAUUUUGCAGUGUAUUGUCUGACUUGGCUUUUGUGCAUAGAGGGACUAUCAAUUUGUAUUUAUGCGGAAAUUACUUUCGGCAUUGAAGUUUUAUGCCUAGAACUACGCCAAAUUCACCGACACAAUUAUGGCCUUCAAGAACUGAGAAUGGAGACGAACCGCUUGGUCAAGCUACAUCAGAAGAUUGUAGAAAUUUUAGAUCGUACCAACGACGUUUUUCACGGAACUCUCAUAAUGCAGAUGGGUGUUAACUUUUCCUUGGUGUCCUUGUCGGUUUUGGAGGCCGUGGAGGCUCGGAAGGACCCCAAAGUUGUGGCCCAGUUUGCAGUCCUUAUGUUGCUCGCCUUAGGACAUCUAUCUAUGUGGUCGUAUUGUGGAGACCAGUUAUCCCAGAAGUCAUUGCAAAUUUCGGAGGCUGCCUAUGAGGCUUACGACCCAACCAAAGGAUCAAAGGAUGUGUAUAGAGACCUCUGCGUAAUAAUCAGGCGUGGCCAGGACCCUUUGAUCAUGAGAGCCAGCCCAUUUCCGUCCUUUAAUUUAAUAAACUACAGCGCUAUACUUAACCAAUGUUAUGGAAUCCUGACAUUUUUGCUAAAGACAUUAGACUAA